GAAGUGUGAAAAAGUAAAAGAAGAAAAUCUAGUACAGCAACUGACUCUCAAAGGUUUGUUUCUGCAACAUUUUCAUUAGUCUUCAUGCUCAAGCCUCUCAAUUUUCAUCCGCCAUGAAUCUUUUCACAACUCUUAUCGAACCUAAAACUUUCUUUAAUGUCAACUCAUCCCCAAUCUCCAAAAGGGUUUCUGUAUUUUUCCCUGUUAGACUUCCACUUACCAUCACCAAAUGUUCAAGAGCUAAUGUUCCAUUAGCAGCUGAAGCUACUACUCGCCCUUCUCCUCCUCCUCCUCCUCCUCCUCCUCCUCCUCCUGUAGUUGCACCAAAGAUGCAGGCUAUAGAAGAGGAAAUAGAGAAGGUUAUCUAUCGAUGCCGCUUCUUGGCGAUUUUUGGUGUUUGGGGCUCUUUGUUAGGAUCCUUCCUGUGUUUUGUCAAGGGAUGCACUUAUGUUGGGUCAUCUUUUAUGGAAUACUUUGUGAAUCGUGGCAAAGUGAUUUUAUUGCUGGUAGAGGCCAUAGAUGUCUAUCUUUUAGGAACAGUUAUGCUGGUCUUUGGAAUGGGUCUAUAUGAGCUCUUUGUUAGCAAUCUGGACACUGCAAAGUUGUUUUCAGGGGAUAGAGUACCUAAUAGAUCAAACCUAUUUGGAUUAUUCACCUUAAAGGAACGGCCAAGAUGGUUAGAAAUAAAGACAGUAAAUGAUCUGAAAACGAAGCUAGGCCAUGUCAUAGUAAUGCUGCUUCUGAUUGGUUUCUUUGAGAAAAGUAAGACAGCAGUUAUACAGUCUCCCAUGGAUUUACUUUGCUUCUCGGCUGCUGUCUUCCUUUGCUCUGGUUGCCUCUACUUAUUAUCUAAGCUCCAUGGCUAAACUGAUAUGUAUAUUUUUCCUUCCUUUUUGUCUUAACCCUGAUGACAAAUGAUUUUAGAAUAUAGUUAGAAAGUAAGAUGCAUGAUCAUGUCAAUAUGCAUGUGUUGUAGAGUUCUAUUACAAAUUCAUGUCAUCAAAGGAAAUGGUGAGAUUCUAACUCUGAUGCUCACUGCUGAAACAGGCUUACCUUA